GUUUUGUUAUUUCGAUAUAUUUUACGCAAAAAAGCAAGAAAAUAAAAAAACCGAUGGAGUGACCAUAAAAAGAAAAUUAGCUCAGUGGCAAAUUAUUGCAGACCAGUACAAUAGCCGAACAAGCCACGGUACUCGCACAGGAGAAAAUUUAAAAGCUCAAUGGGAGUGUAUGAAAAAGACAGCGAGAAAGGCAGCGAAGCGAAGGAAUAGGAGAAAUAUUAUGAUUCAAACAAAAGGUGGAUCGCCAAUGCCUGAAGAGGAAGAUCCUUUUCUUCAGCAAAUAUUAAGCCUUAUAUCCACCAGUGCUGUUGGGUUAUUUAACACUUAUAAUAGUGAUUCCAUUGUUCCUGCAGUGCAAGAUCAAGCAAUACCUUAUAAAAAUAUCUCACUGCCUCCAACUGUUGUAGACAACCAGAUAAGUGACACAACAGUACAUAGUAAUGAAGAUUUUGUGACAAAGGAUUGGGGAGAUUACACACCGCAAUCGUUGAUGACUCCGGUGUCACAGGCCCUCAGAAGUAAUGAUGAAACAGUAGUGAAAAACACAAGAACAACUGAAAAUAUAAUGAAACCUAUUGAGAAGCAGGCACGAACUCGCCAGGCCUGGAUUUCUUUAGAACAGCUGCAUAAAAAGAAGAUAGAAGCGAUAGACCUACAAAAACAACUGGCUGCGGAGGAAAUGGAAAGGUCAAAGGUUUUACAUGACCUAGAUAUUCAGAUUAAAAAACAAAUACUGAGGCAAGAAAAAAUCAAAACAAAUAUAUUACUGAUCAAGCGAAGAAGACUAUUAGCUCACAAAAAAAACGCAAUACUAUGAAUGUUUUUAUACUUAAAUGAUGAAGAUGAUGCGUCUUCCAGCCGUGGGCAGGCCUCCUACUAGGUGGACCGACGAUCUGGUGAAGGUCGCGGGAAGAGCCUGGAUGCGGGCAGCGCAGGACCGUUCAUUGUGGAAAACCUUGGAGGAGGCCUUUGUCCAGCAGUGGACGUCAUUCGGCUGAAACGAACGAACAAAGAUGAUGAUGAUCCAUCCGCUCGAUUUCGGCCAUGGCGAUCGCUCUGACUCCUAGCUGUCUUGGCGGCGCUGGUGUGCCCGAAGAUGGCUUACGUAGCCGAUCUUCGCGGCAAACCCCCUCGCAUAUUGAGAGCAUCUUGAGUGCGCUGCCAACAUAGUUAUAGUGAAUAAAUAGAUAAAUUUUAAAUAUUU